GUUUCUGAGAAAGACAGUAUUUUCCACACUUUUCUUAUUUUAGGCUGCAUUUAUUUUUGCUGUAGCCUACUUAUCAGCACUGUCACAAAGGUGCAUAGUCUAUAUUUAUUUUUUGUCAACCAUCAAAAUCUUUCAUUUGGUAGAAAGAAGAGCCUUUUUUAGCUUAAAAAAUGUUUUGGUAGCUGUAUUGUGUACAUUCUCUUUCACUUCUCAGUAUAGAUGUAGAGGGAUUCCUCAGAAUAACUGUUUCCAUGUUCACCAUUGAAGAGAUCAAUGACUCAGGAUUCCUCCCUGGUGUUCGGCUUGGAUAUGUUGCGUAUGACGUGUGUGCUGAUGCCACCAAAGCUCUCCUCUCUGUGGAACACCUGCUGUCUAUCAAUGGCUCUUUGCCGGUCUUGCAUGACUAUUCGGAGUUCCGGCCGCAUGUGAAGGCUAUUAUUGGCGAGUAUUACUCGCUAGUGACUGUCCCUAUAGCCAAGCUUCUCAGCGUCUAUCUCUUCCCUCAGAUAAGUGCCGCAUCAUCUGCUGCGGUUCUGAGUGAUCGACUAUGGUAUCCAAGCUUCUUCCGGGUGAUCCCCAGUGAUGUGCACCAGACUGAGGCUAUGGCACAGCUGAUGCUUCACUUUGGAUGGAACUGGGUGGGCCUGGUCUCCAUGGACGACGAUUACGGCAGAGGUGCUCACCAGAGUUUCCUGAAGGAUGCAGCAGCAGAUGGGGUGUGUAUAGCUUACGAGGAGGUCAUUCCACACUAUCUGGGCCAUGAGAACAGUCAGCAACGAAUCAUGGAGGUGGCCAGACAGAUACAGCAAUCUGAUGCAAAGGUGGUGAUGGUGAUUCUCCGGGAUGAGCUGGUGAAGAUGCUGUUUGAAGAGAUGAUUCGCCUCAAGACAUCUCGAGUUUGGAUCGCAAGUAACAUUUGGUCCAGUGCACCAUUAGUGAUGGACAUGCAGGACAUUGACAAGGUUGGAGACAUAUAUGGACUACGAUUUAUCACAGGAAACAUUGCUGGCUUUCAUGAUUUCUUUAAUAAUCUCACAGUCAACUUAGGGGUGAAAAAUGAAUUAAUUGAAGAGUACAAACGGAUCACAUACUGUUCACCCAGCUCCUCCAAAGACUGCAGCAAAACCAGAGCUCAUUCUCUGGGUCCUACAGUGGCCUAUGGUGAGAGAGUGGCUGUUUGGGCGAUAGCACAUGCCCUGAGAGACCUACUCAGAUGCAAUGAGACAUCGUGCCCAGGAGAGACCAUCUUCCCUCCAUAUCAGCUUGUUGAGAAGCUCCGUAAGGUUAAGUUUUCACUUGAUGGCGAGAUGAAAUUCUUCAAUGUGGAUGGUGACUUUGAAGAUGGUUAUGAAGUGGUCAUGUGGGUACCAGGUGAUAGGCCUAUUAAAACCAUAGGAAGAUACAAUGUACGUAGAGGACAGAUGAACAUUGAUAAUUCUGAUGUCAUCUGGACAAUGACCCCAAACAACACAAAACCUUCAUCUCAAUGCUCAGAAUCUUGCAAAUCUGGACAUUUCAAGAAAAUGACAAAUAUUUCCUGCUGUUACACCUGCCUCCCCUGCGGCGAAGGGACCUUCUCCUCUAUACUGAUGAAUGCCACCAAUGUCCAAAUGGAACUUGGUCUAUGGAAGGAUGGUCUAAAUGUGAAGCACGCACAGAAAACCGCACAGCUGUACAUUCUGAUCAGAGUUCCAGAGAUGAAGCACCAACCUCUCCCCCUAACAUUGACUCAGAGACCGAUUCUGGGCUCACGAGCGCACUGCCCCCAGGUGGGAGCCUCGUCCAAAAACAUCCAGGUGCCUCCACGGGAGGAGUGUCUGAAGGUGUGUGCCCGACACUACGACCAGCCGCCUUCUGUGUCAGACCGGGUCUAA